CAGCUCCUUCCUGGAGAGACGAUCGGCUGGCAAGUCGCUCCUCCGCCCUCUGGGUCUCUGGGCUCCGCGCUGUCCACGGGGCGCCGAGGGGCCUCUAGAGGGGGCGGGUUCGCUCGAGCCAGAAAGCCCGGAGCCGCCCAGGAAUUUUGGCUGGAACUGCGAGCAUUUCCUCCCGGGUCGGCCCGGAGCGAUCCGGGGAGGGCGGCCGCGGGCAGACGCUGCGCUCCGCUCGGCCGGGAGGCACCAUGCGGCCCCUGCUCUGCGCGCUGGCCGGGCUCGCCCUGCUCCGCGCCGCGGGCGCCUUGGCCGCUACAGAACCUUUCAGCCCUUCCCACGGAGGCCCAGCUCAGAGCACAGGGUGUGACAGACACAUGGCUGUCCAAAGCCGUCUAGACAUCAUGGAGGAGACACUGGAGAAGACAGUGGAGCAUCUGGAGACAGAAGUGAAAGGCCUGCUGGGCCUGCUGCAUGAGCUGUCUUGGAACCUGCCCCCAGGGCCCUCCAGCCCAGCCCCUGACCUCCUUGGAGAUGAUCACUUCUGAGCACUGUGGUGGAGGAGCCCCAUAGCUGGGGGUAAUACACCUGCAGACAGCACCCCUCCAAGGAUGGAGCCACAUCUCACCUUCCUUCCCCAGCUUUGUGUAAAAUAAAAGCUACUCCUUUGGUCCCCUG